AUGGAACCACCUACAAUCGCGCCUCGGCCAAGUUGGGCCCCAGAUGAUGGACCGGCCGCCAAAUGGAUCAAGGGACCGAUGGAUUUGGCCGCCUGGAAGCGAUCGCUGGCCCACCGUGACUAUCUCGACUUUUUGCACCGCGUAAACGAUGCUGUCGCCGGCAAGAAGACGAGCCAAUGGGUACCGCAAAGCCCUGGUGUUCAGAAGGUGAUGUCAAUGCUGGAAGUCAUCAAGGGCUACACUGACAAGCACCCACCGGAAGCUGAGAUGCAGCAGCGCUACGGGAAUAAGGCAUAUCGCAAGUGGUACGCGGAAUUAACGGAGAACGCCAAGGAACUUAUCAAUGACGUGCUCGAAGAAGUGGAAAAUGAUGGUGCUGCCGCAAUGCUGGAGCCGUAUUUGCUGGACUCUUUCGGGAACCAAACCCGGAUCGACUAUGGCUCUGGCCACGAGGCGGCAUUCAUCAUUCUGCUCCUAUGCUUUGAAAAGAUCGGCCUCUUCACGCCGGAAGAUCUGCCAGCCGUUGGCCUGAUGAUUUUUGGAGAAUACCUCCGCGCGUGCCGCCAUCUGCAACGGUUGUACAAGAUGGAACCGGCCGGUUCGCACGGAGUCUACAGCCUCGACGACUAUCAAUUCGUGCCCUUCCUCUGGGGCUCAUCCCAGCUAAUCGGCUCGAAUUUCGACCCCAACAACUAUCCGCAACCCGAAAAGGUGCAGGACCACGACAUGGAAUCGCUGUUUCUGGAAGCGAUAACCUACAUCAACGACACGAAAACGGGCCCCUUUUACGAGCAUUCAAAUCAACUUUGGAACAUCUCGGCGGUGCCGAAUUGGGACAAGAUCAACUCGGGAUUGUUCAAGAUGUACGAGGCAGAAGUGCUGCUCAAAUUCCCCGUUGUACAGCAUUUCCUCUUUUGCAAGUACUUUCAAUUGACGCCGGUGCCCGAUGAGAAC